AUGAAAGAAGAAAGACAAGAUCUGAAUGAGGUGGAGGAGAAAUAUCAGGAUCAGAAAGAUCAUAAUGUCAAUGGAGAAAAAUCAGUGAGUUGCAGCAUUAAAAAAACUGAAGUCAAAAGGCCUUUCAGCUGCUCUCAGUGCGGAAGGUCUUUCACAUGUAACAAAAAUCUUAAGGAUCACAUGUUAAUUCAUGCUGGGAUAAAGUCUUUCAGCUGCUCUGAGUGUGGAAAGAGUUUUACACAGAAAGGACAACUUCAAAAUCAUUUGGUAACUCACACUUCAGAAAAGCCUUUCAGCUGCUCUCAGUGUGGUAAUUGUUUUACACAUAAAUCAAACCUUAAGAGGCACAUGUUAAUUCAUACUGGGAUAAAGUCUUUCAGCUGCUCUGAGUGUGGAAAGAGCUUUACAUAUAAAGUUUGCCUUGAGAAGCACAUGUUAAUUCAUACUGGAAUAAAGCCUUACAGCUGCUCUCAGUGUGCAAAGAGUUUCACAAGUAAAGGAUACCUUAAGUCUCACAUGUUAAUUCAUACUGGGAAAAAGCCUUUCACCUGUGCUCAGUGUGGAAAGAGUUUCAUUUGUAAAGGAAUCCUGAGGGAUCACAUGUUAAUUCAUACUGGGAUAAAGUCUUACAGCUGCUCUCAGUGUGGAAAGAGUUUUGCACACAAAUCAAACCUUAAGAGGCACAUGUUAAUUCAUACUGGAAAAAAGCCUUUCAGCUGCUCUCAGUGUGGAAAGACUUGUACACAGAAAGGACAACUUAAGAUUCAUUUGGUAACUCACACUUCAGAAAAACCUUUCAGCUGCUCUCAAUGUGCAAAGAGUUUCAAACACAAAGGACAACUUAAGAUUCAUUUGGUAAUUCACACUUCAGAAAAUCCUUUCUCCUGCUCUCAGUGUGGAAAGAGUUUUGCACAUAAAUCAAACCUUAAGAGGCACAUGUUAAUUCAUACUGGGUAA